CGAAAGGUAAAAUCUGGGGGCUAGAAGAAUAGAAAUGGUGGAAGGCCAUUCAUCCCUUUUGUGUUGGAUCCGGAAGAAGGCAGUGAGAACUGUGAAAGACUUUCUUUACCAUUAUCUCUGUCUUAAAACCAUCUUGUCUUGACAACUUUAACUGCUGUAUCUUUUGUCUGAGUCUCUUUUUUCUCCAGAAAGGAUUCAGGCAGUUCCUUCAGAGAAAGGAAAUUGGUGUCGGUAUUUUCAUCAUGUUUAAGAAGUCAGCUAGUAGAAACCAAAGAUCCAAAGGUAUCAAGAUGAAGCAUGUCCUUCAGAUUUGUCUGUUACUCGGGGUUUGCUUCUGGUUGAUAUACCAAGUCAAGCGCUCCCAUGAUAAGAGAAAAGAAUUUGAAGAGAGAGAUGCUAAAGCCUCUGUGAAAGUGCAACGUGAUGAUGUGAUUCUACAAUUUGGGAGGAAAGAGCUCCCCCAUGUGCAGGAAGUAUCUAAGAACUACAAGCAUGAGGAAGAAGAGGAAGAAGAAAAUGGAGUUGAGGAGGAAAAUAAGCAUGAUGAAGAACAAGAAGAACAAGCUAAGAGGCUUGAAGAAGAGGAGCAAGAAGGAACAAGAAAACGUGAAGAAGAGGAGCAAGGAGAAGCAAGUAAACAUGAAGAAGAAGUGCAGGAAGAUGAAGGCAGCAUGCAUGAUGAUGAAGAGCAAGAAGCUGAUAUUAAGGAUGAAGAAGCAGAACGUGAGGGAAGAGGAGAUGGAGAUGAUGAGGUUGACGAAAAUGAGCAAGAAAGAGCAGAUGGUGAAGCUGAUCAUGAAGAAGAAUUUCUAGAUGAGGAGAAAGAAAGAGAAGUAGAGGGUGAUGAUAAAGAAAAUGAAGAGAACGAGGGUCAAGAAGAAAUUGACAAUUUAGCAAAUGAUCAGAAUCACAAUGAAGGUGGCAAGAAUGCACAUGAGGCAAGAGAGGAGCAUUACAAGGCAGAUGAUGCUUCCAGUGCAGUGUCCCAUGACACCCUAAUUAGUAACUCUGAAGCUGAUAAAUUAAAUAUGGAAAAUUCUAAUGAAAAUUCAACAAUGAAUGUUUCGGAGCAGGAGACCAAAGCCAAUAGUACUGAGGAAAUUAAUGGUGAUGAAAACAAGUCAGACUUGAAGGUCGAUGAAGGUAAAUACUCUGAAGGUGGUAGUUCCUUGAAUGUGACAUACACUAAUGAAAAUGCUUAUGAGAAUGGAUCAUCCAACUUGGAGUAUAUCUCUCUUCCAAGUACAACAAACACAACUGACUUAAUUAACCAAGCAAGCAAAAACUCUACGGUAGUGAGAAAAGAAACAGGCAAUAAGCCUGCAGAAGUGAAUACAGGAAUGCCUUGUUCUCUGCAGAAUGGAACAGCUAUCAUUUUGAAAUCGACUUCUUCUCAAAAUGCAACAGGAGAUGGUUUGGUAACUGAAGAAAAAUAUAAAGAGCAAGCCAAUGAGAUGAAUUCUAAUCGGAAGCCGACUGAUUCCAUAGCUGUUGAUUCAAGUAAAACUGAAAAUGUAGAUUCAGCCACAACAGAAUCCUCGAAUUCUUCUACUAAUGCUGAGUCUGGUAUGUCAGAGGAUAUCCCCAAGAUAAAUGCAACAGCUGGAAGGGACAGUUCUGAGUCUUCCAUGAAUAAGGAGAUUACUGAUUCAACUCAGAAUGACAAAUCAAAAGGUGACAACAAAUCAGGUGGAAGAGAUGAAAGCUCAGAAUCUACCUCGUUUAUAGAGACAGUGGAUAGAGUUCAGCAAGAUCCCAUUGAUUCUUCUGACAAUACCCUCCCCCAAGAAGAGACAGAUGCACGUAUAGAUUUGAGUACAUUGCCAGAUAUUACAAUAGAAGGGAGCAACAAUGAAGAUGCUGCAGCUGAAUGAGAAAUCCGAUUAUAUGGCU